CUCGCAUUGCAUUAAAGAUCUCACUAUAAUUCUCCCCUCCUUGAUACUUUAACUCUUAAUUAUCCCGUUUCAAACCCUCGUUCAAUGGGUUCACUUGCGUUGCCCGGUCCGUGCCUGGCGAUUUAUAUUAUUGACCCUUAGCCUUGGCCUCUGCAGAUGACUUGGGAAACUUAUCUCCUAAUCCCUAAAGUACCAGUCAUUUUCACAAGAAUCUAUCCUCCCAGGGCUGUACACCACGGGAAGAGAGGCAUCCUUUGACUACCUGAUGCUCGGAGAUCUGACAUGAGCCAUCGCAUCUGCCUUGUCUCCUCAUUUUAAGGAAGUCUAGCACCCUCUCAAAGUCAUACGAUUCUGCCUUCAUUCAACGUCUCAAUAUGGUCCUCCCAAGAGUCCAUGUCAAUGAUAAAAGCCCCAUGUCCGAGGACAACAACACAAAAGACGGCAACCUCGUCAAGCAACAAUCAGAACAGUUCAGUGCCCCAACAAGAAAGUCACUGCAUCAGAACAUCUUCGGAAAGCUUCGUCCUCUCCCUUUCCAGUAUCAUUGGACUGUUUGGUAUGACAAGCACUCCGACUCCAGCGAUUACGAUAACAGACUAUACGUCCUUCACGAAGAUGUCGCCGACAUUGCGACCUUCUACCGGGUCUACAACAACUAUCCAUGGGAGAAAGUCCGCCUCAGAGAUACGGUACAUAUCUUCCGCAAGGGCGUGCGUCCUGUGUGGGAAGAUCAGGAGAACCUGAAGGGAGGAUGUUGGAAAUUCCGGGUUCCGAAGAGCAAGGCGCAGGAGUUCUUCCAUGAGAUUGCUAUCCUCUGUAUGGCAAAUGAGUUUCAAGCUAUUCUUGAGCAAGAACAUGACCAUGUCCUUGGAGUUUCAACUUCAGCCCGGUUCAACACUCACCUGAUCUCGGUGUGGAAUAAGCUAGGUUCCAAUGAACGUUCCAUCAAAGCAUUGGAAAAGACUAUUCUUGAUCGAUUGUCGCCGGAGCUGCGACCUACUGGUACCGGAUCCAAUGCGUAUUUCUACAAGCGUCACGACGAGAACGAGGGUUAUCAGGAAGCUGUUCAGCGGGUGGCUUCCGAGAAUUGAUGGGUUCCUUUAAUGGAUAUACCGUGUUAUACUAAAAUAGUUGAUACUCUUACUCGCUCUUUUCUUGGUCUAAGCAAUUUGGAUAUCUUCACUUAUGCGCUAGUGGUAUAGCGCUACUUAUCAAGACGGGGAUCGAUCAAUUCCUUAAACGCUACAUUUCACCCUCAAGGAACUUUAACUGCUUUGGCGUCGUUCAUGGGAUAUCUAACUAAUUAUUUAUUAGCACUCGUUUUUGCGGUGUUUAUUACUAUUAUAUAUGUUUCGUUUUGGAAUUUAAAGUAGUGUACAUAGUUCGUUUAUAUGAACACAUUGCAGUUCUAA